CAGUGUGAGGAAUCGUGGCGUCGUUCAGCGAGGGUCCUUGGGGAACUCAUCCUCCCAUGAGGACUCUUCUCCACAUGCCUCCCCUCAUCCCUCCCCUAUACUCUAUGGGUCUUCGAGGCCUGUUACUCAGGCACCAACGCACCAAUGCCAACAUGUAAAGGAGUUCGGUCCUCUUCCGUCCAGUGAUGACCGUGUCACUCUGGUGGUGGAGGGCACCCGUUUCAUCGUAGACCCUGCCAUUUUCACUGCCCACCCUAACACAAUGCUUGGAAGAAUGUUUUCCUCUGGUAUUGAGUUUACUCAUCCUAAUGAAAGAGGCGAGUAUGAAGUAGCAGAAGGUUUCUCCUCUGCUGUCUUUCGUGCUGUUCUGGACUAUUACAAAACCGGUUUGGUCCGUUGUCCGCCGUCCGUCAGUGUGCAGGAACUACGAGAGGCCUGCGAUUACCUUCUUAUCCCAUUUGAUGCCAAUACCAUUAAAUGUCAGAAUUUACGUGGCCUUUUGCACGAGCUAAGUAACGAAGGUGCUCGGCAGCAGUUUGAAGUUUUCUUAGAAGAGCAUAUCUUACCUCUUAUGGUGCUUGCUGCUCAGAGGGGAGAUAGAGAAUGCCAUAUUGUCAUAUUACUGGAUGAUGACACAGUUGAAUGGGAUGAUGAUUAUCCUCCUCAGAUGGGAGAAGAAUACAGCCAAACCAUAUGCUCAACUGCAAUGUACCGUUUCUUCAAGUAUAUUGAGAAUAGAGAUGUAGCCAAGCAAGUCUUGAAAGAGCGAGGGCUAAAGAAGAUCCGCCUUGGAAUUGAAGGGUAUCCUACCUACAAGGAAAAAAUCAAGAAAAGACCAGGUGGCCGUGCUGAAGUGAUAUAUAAUUAUGUACAACGACCAUUUAUACGUAUGUCUUGGGAAAAAGAAGAGGCUAAAAGCAGACAUGUUGAUUUUCAGUGUGUGAAAAGCAAAUCUGUAACUGACCUUGCCGAAGCAACAGCAGAUCCAGCACUAGACCGUGUUGUGACACUGGACCCACCUCCUGCUGCCAUGGGUCAAGAAGCCCCACAGGAUCCACUACCCCCUCUUGAGGGAGCAGUUGGGGGAGGAGAAGCUCAUCCAGAUGAGGGGGCGAUUGGAGGUGCUGCUGGUGGCGCUGUUGGAGGAGCUCAGAAUCCUCCACCACCACCAUCCAAUGAAUUAUAUCCCGAGGAAGCAUCAAGAUUUGUAAAAAGUUGCCAUGUAUUGUAAACUGAAAACAGUGCCAAUCAGUAAAAUCACUGCAUCUAAUGGUGAGCGGUGGACACGAGGAAGCAGUAUGAAGGGGAGCAUCCUUAGUUCCGAAACGUCUCUUUUCAUCAUCUUUUUCUUCAUUAACACCACUGCUGUGGAGAUCGAUACCACAGCGUGGUUAUACUGCUUCCACGUUCUCAAUGGACGAGUCUCCCCUUUUCCGCCAUGAUGCCUCACCACAGGAACUACCGAAUGGUCCUAGCACAAGAAGUCUCUGGUCAUGCCUCUUUUGCAGCUGUUUAUUUCGUAGACUAUUUGCUUACAAGAAUCUGGCGUGUGAGCAUUCAUACGACAGUUUGUGAUGCUAAAACGUGAUGAACCUUCCAUAUUAUAGGCCUGAAAUUUUUGGAAUAUUUGUUAUUUAUAUGUACAGUAUGCCUUUGUAGAGGUGUGAAAAAUAGAAUGGCUGAGCUUUGAUAAAUUUGUUGAAUCCAUGAGUACUGUAACCCCUUGUUAAAAGAGUACUCUACAAUGGAAUGUUUCAAAAUACUUAACAAAGUUUGGAUUUCCUCUCAAGUGUGCAGCUACUUACACCUAGCUUUCUUCGUUUGCCUUUAAAUCUUAGUGGUGCAGUGGCUGUGCCUCAGUUGGCUUGAGGUGUAGAUUUUUUUUGCCAAGAUGCAGUACACUCCAAACUCAGUUACUGUAAGUACAUCCACUAAGAAAUAUUAUCAAAUACAUAAACCUCCAUGUUUUAAUUUUUCUAAUGCAGUAUUUGCUGUUUUUGUGGGAAUAUUAAUAUGCUGCCAUUGCCUUAUGCGAUAUAUGACAAAUAUUGUUCAUAAUGGUUUGGUGCUUGUGAUCGGUAUCUUUUAUCUAGACAAGCCAUUGUUCCUUCUUUUGACAUUUUCUAGUGCCGAAUUGCAUAUGUAGGUUGGAAGACAGUAUAAUUUUUGUACCUGUUUGCUUGUCUUUUGAUAAAUAUUGGGGUUUCCAAUGAUUUUCGUGGUUACAGGUUAGAAUGUAGCAUUGUCAUAAUAUUUGUGCUAGCAGGGUAUUAGGUCUGUGGUAUUAAGAAAAUGAACUUAAGUUAGGUACUUUAUUUUGGUGAUUUAAGUACAAAAUUUUAUUAUUUAUGCUAGUGACAGUUUUGUCAAGGGAUUUGCAAAUGCAGUGUUACUUUAAAGUUGCAUCAGUUUUAAAUGUACCUGACUUGCUUGUCAUCUCUUCUUGCCUUUUGACUUCAUUGGUGUAUUCACAUUGCGGAGCAAAUUCUUUAAAUUCCUUUUGACUAAAACAAGUUGCUUUUGAUUUUGCAAAUGGUUUUUGAGGUUGCUAGUUGGUCCUGUGUCUUAGCUUUUAAGCCAACUCAAAAUAUGAAGACUGAAUAUAAUAUAAAGUUAAAGACUUGUUGAGUCUGCUGACCACCGUGUUGAUUGAGAGCUGAGAAUACUAAUUUGGGUGUUUCACCUUUUGUAGUACUGAUGUUUCAGGAGUUUAAGCUAAUUGGUAUCUUAUGUGGUGGGAAUAUUUUAUACAUAAUAUUAUAGUUGAUAUUUUGGGGGAAUUAUUUUAUCAGGUGAAUAUCAAAUACAUAGACCCUUUUAUAUUUUAUGAAUCAAAUUGUCCAAAUGAAUACUUACCACUUCAUAUUUUUUCCCAUAAAUAUAGGUAAAUAUAUGCUGUGUAAUGAAUCCUGCCGGCAGUUAGGAUUCAGAUUGUCAUUAUUACAUAUGAGUUAAUGUAGGCUGUGACAAAUAUUUUUGGUAUGCUCAAAUUAUCUUGCAUUCAUAUUAGAAUGAGAGAUGAUUUUUUCGUGUUUUGGUACUUCGCAUUACAAUACUCAGUAGGCUGGGUUACUCUGCUAAACUUCAUCGUUUCUUGUGUCUUUUUAUAGAAGCAUAU